AUGAUCUCCUGUGGCCGGGAGCUGAUGGGAUCAACCGAGGUGGUGGUGAUGCAGAUUUUACUUCAGGUCGUCCUGGUGCUGCAGUGCUACCGGUGCGCCCGGCGCGACCCGCUUUGGCGACGAAAUCCCAAGCGGCGCGCACCCCCGAGGACCGACGAUAUCGGGCGCUUCCGCCCGGAGCGCGAACGCUACCACGUGGAGGGGCUCUUUUUGGCCCUUCGCGCCUUGGACAACCAUGUCUUGGUCUAUAGCGUGAGGCCGGCGGUCGAGGAGCGUUUGGGCGGCUCCAGCUGUCUCUUGGCCGGUUGGAAGAUGAAGACCGUGGAAUCGCGCAUCGCCUUUUCGCGCUUCAUCUUCGAGGACGCGGAACAAUGUGCUCUCCAAGGCGCAUUUUGUUGUGCUCUCCGGUGGAGGUGA